UGCCCGCGCAGUCCGCGUCCUGGCGCACGUAGUAGCGCGCGGACCCAGCCGUUGUCGUCCAUCAAUUCUCUGACAACCGUGGACACAGCCCUCCAUUGGCCCGGACCCGGAGCAUCGCUCUUCGCUGAAAUCGCCGAAACGCCACCGCACCCAUCAUGUUCUCCAAGUUCACGGAGAAGGCGUCGUCCUACGCGUCGACGGCGGCGGCGGCGGCGAACGCGACCUACGAGACGGGCAAGCAGGGCCUGAGCUCCGUGCCCUGCGACCGCUGCGGCGUGCCGCACAACGCGCUGCUCCGCCUGUCGACGUGCCCGGUCUGCGGCGGCCGCGUCUGCAAGGGCUGCAGCGCGCAGCUCGUCGUGCCCGACGCGUGCGCCAAGUCCGGCGCGGGCUCGAGCGGCGAGGUGAGCGUCUGCGCGCGCGAGUGCGGCCCGCGCUGCGGCGAGGCGAACGCGGCCGCGUUCCGGCGGGCGUUGGCCGCGAGCCACGCGGCGAACGUGACCGCCUUCUUGGAGGACCUCGCGAGUGGCCGCGCGGCGGGCGAGACCUACCCGCGGCCCGGCGCCGCCGUCGCGGACACGGGCGCGUCGGCGACGGCCAUGCGCCUCGCGCCGCUCGCGCUCGAGGCGCUCAAGCUCAGCGGCUAUUCGGACGUCGUCCGCGCGUACCAGCUCGCCGAGGGCGGCAUCGCGGCCGUUUUGUUGACGCCGACGUUCCGCAUCUUCGCGGAGCGCGUGCUGCCCAUGCUGCGGCGCCACGUCAGGGACGCGGGCGAGGCGACGUCCUACAAGACGCGCGGCGCGGCGGAAGCGGAGCUCGCGCUCCGUCUCUACUACCUCGCCUGCGGCGACGCCGUCGGCCGGCUGCGGGCCUGCGGCGCGCCGCGGGAGGCGACGCGGCGCGGCCCCGCGGCCUCGGACGACGUCCUCGACGCGCUCGGGUACUGGAUCGGCCCCGCGCAGUGGCUCUACGCGGCGAACGAGUUAAGGAAACCGCAACACACGCCCGACUGGGCGGCGUGGUACUGCAAAAAACUCUGCGAGACGUCCGGCGGCUGGCGGCUCCUCGCGUGCGUCGGCGCGUCGCGGUCCGAGAACGCCCGGUGCUCCGUGCCGUCGCUGCCCAAGGUGCGGUUCCCCGCGUGGUGCCUCGCGGCGCGCGGCGACGAGGCCGUGCUCGCGAUCCGCGGCAGCCAGACGCCCGGCGACUGGGCCAUCAACAGCGACGCCGACGAGGCGCCCGUCUUCGGGGUCGACAGCGCCUGGGUCGCGCACGGCGGCAUUUUGCGGGCCGCGCGGGCGAUUUUGAACGACUGCGGCGCGGGCGAGGCCGUCGACGCGCUCCGGGCGCGCGGCGUCCGCGUGACCUGCGUCGGCCACUCGCUCGGCGGCGGGGUCGCGGCGCUCGUCGCGACGUUGCUGAACGACCACGGGGCGCUGCCCCGCGUGCGCUGCUACGCGUUCGCGACGCCCGCGUGCGUCUCCGCGGACCUCGCGGCGUUCCUGAAGCCGACGGUGACGUCCUGCGUGCUCCAGGACGACGUCGUGCCGCGGCUCUCCGACGCGACGUGCGCGCGGCUCGCCGCGGACCUCGUGAACGACGACGCCAACUACCGCGCGAGCUUCGCCAAGGACCGCGCGGCCUACGCGGGCCACGUCGCGACGCUGGGAAAGGGCGAGGGCAUGGUCCACGACGCGCGCGAGGACGCGCUGCCCCUCGAGAGCUUGGACCGGCGCGCGGCGUCGCCGACGCUCUCGGGCCGCAAGUCGGCCGCCGCGCGGCUCGUCGUGCCCGGUUUGGUCGUCUUCCUCGCGGGCGUCGACGGCAACUACGAGGCCCACGCGACGGACGGCGACCUGCCGGAGCUGAACAAGGUCCAGCUCACGCCGCGCGCGGUGAACGACCACGACGUCUCCCAGACGGCCUUCGCGCUCCGCGUCGUCCGCGCGACGCGGUCCCGGCGGCCCCGGGAGCGGCCCGCGCCGCCCUUCCGGCCCGCGCUCCUCGCGGACAACACGUGGGCGCCCUGCGCCGUCUGCGGCUCCGACGUGACGUGGACGUCCGCCGUGCGCGGCAGCGACGCCGCGCGCGCGAGCGCGACGCACCACUGCCGCGCGUGCGGCGCGCUCGUCUGCGCCUUCUGCGCGCCCGCGGGCGACCGCGUCGCCGGCGACGGCAUCGCCCAGUUCACCGAGCUCCCGGACAAGCGCGUCACGAUCCCGUCGAUGGGCUGCCUCGGCCGCGUCCGCGUCUGCCGGCCCUGCGGCUUCAACGCGUAUAACCUGUAGUUAGCAGCGUGCCUCG